UCCAAUUUUUCCUAUAAAAUAUUAGUUAAAAAAAAACGAAGAUGAGUCAUGACAGCUAGAGCCAAACAAGGAAAAAAAAAACAUCUUCAAUUGAUUUUCCAUUUUCUCGCGAUCAGUUGUUAAAGCACGUGCUCUGCACUGCAGUUUAUACUAACAGAGAAACAGAGAAAAUGGAAAGAGAGAUCUGCGUGAAUUGCUAAAAAUCUCUUAUUUCUUCUUCUCUUUUUCUCAAAAAAAAAAAAAAAAAAUCAAGUAAUGGCCGAUGAACCUUCUCUCACUCGCUGGUCUUUUCUGGAUUUUAAAAUGUUUUAUGAUGCCAAGUUUGGGAGGAAGAGAUUACCUGAGCCACAAGAUGGCGAAGCUGCUGAUACGCGACUCUCGAAAGGAACUUCUUCGAAUGUGACCUCAAAUGGGAACCAUUCUGUCAAGAACACGUCGGAUAUGGCUAUUUACGAGCAGUAUCGAAACCAUGGCACGAACUCGGUGCACUCAAAUGGUGUGGUGUCUAAUGGAUUUGACUCAAGACCGCAGAGGCCUCUGCUUCCUGCUUUUGAAUCUGCAGAAAUGCGUGCUUUAGGAGAGAGUUUAAGUAGGGACAUUGUACAAGGGAACCCAGAUGUUAAGUGGGAAAGCAUCAAGGGAUUAGAGAAUGCCAAACGUUUACUUAAAGAAGCGGUUGUUAUGCCUAUAAAAUAUCCCAAGUACUUUACUGGUCUUCUUUCACCAUGGAAAGGUAUUCUCCUUUUUGGCCCCCCAGGGACAGGAAAGACAAUGCUAGCACGGGCUGUUGCAACAGAAUGCAAGACCACAUUUUUCAAUAUUUCAGCAUCAUCUGUAGUCAGCAAAUGGCGUGGUGAUUCUGAGAAGUUAAUAAAAGCACUUUUUGACCUAGCAAGGCACCAUGCUCCAUCUACCAUAUUUCUUGAUGAAAUUGAUGCCAUUAUAAGUCAGCGUGGCGGCGAAGGACGCAGUGAGCAUGAAGCAAGUAGGCGUUUGAAAACUGAGCUACUUAUACAGAUGGAUGGUUUGACACGGUCAGAUGAGCUCGUGUUUGUUUUGGCGGCUACAAACCUCCCUUGGGAAUUGGAUGCAGCCAUGCUCCGUCGUCUUGAGAAGCGAAUCCUUGUUCCUCUUCCAGAGCCAGAAGCAAGAAGAGCAAUGUUUGAAGAACUUCUGCCUGAACAGCAUGGUGAGGAUGUUCUUCCUUACGAUAUAUUAGUGGAAAGGUCAGAAGGUUACUCAGGUUCAGAUAUUCGGUUACUCUGCAAAGAAGCAGCCAUGCAGCCUUUGAGACGCUUAAUGGCAGUUCUCGAGGAUAGGAAGGAAGUAGUGCCUGAGGAUGAGCUGCCGAUGGUUGGGCCAGUUACACCUGAUGACAUAGAAAAUGCUUUGAAGAACACAAGACCGUCAGCUCAUUUACAUGCUCAUCGCUACGAGAAGUUCAAUGCAGAUUAUGGCAGUCAAAUACUCCAAUAACGGCACGCUGUUGCAAAAGCCCUUCUAAAUUGUCAGAUAUAACUUUUCCGCAUUUUCUGAUCAUCAGUUUCUUAUCAAUUUUUCCUCAGCAAUGAGUUUAUUUAUGGGAAACUAGAAUAUAUUUUUUCAUUUUUCAAGUGGUUUCAGCCCUUGAAUUGUUUUUUAUUGGCUCCA